UGUGUCUUUUCUGUUUGUUUCCCUCCGGCAGACAGAUGACGUGACGCAAACAGAGGGUUCUCAGCAGCUCCAGCUCCAGCACUCAGACUCUUCAGAGAAGCAGCAGCCAAAAAGGUUACAUGUCUCCAACAUUCCCUUCCGCUUCCGGGACCCAGAUUUGAGGCAAAUGUUCGGGCAAUUUGGAAAGAUUUUAGAUGUGGAGAUUAUCUUUAAUGAGCGAGGAUCCAAGGGCUUUGGGUUUGUAACUUUUGAAACAAGCACAGACGCCGAUCGUGCGCGAGAGAAACUAAACGGUACAAUCGUAGAGGGACGCAAAAUCGAGGUGAACAACGCAACCGCACGAGUGAUGACAAACAAAAAGGUGGCCAACCCUUACACAAACGGCUGGAAGCUGAACCCGGUAGUAGGAGCCGUGUACGGUCCUGAACUGUAUGCCGUAACAGGGUUUCCCUACCCUGCCACAGGCGCUACGGUGGCCUACAGGGGUGCCCACUUGCGGGGACGGGGACGAGCCGUGUACAACACGUUCCGCACAGCUCCGCCUCCGCCACCCAUCCCUGCUUACGGAGCGGUGGUGUACCAAGAUGGCUUCUACGGCGCAGAGAUCUAUGGCGGCUAUGCAGCAUACAGAUUUGCCCAACCCACCACCACCGCUGCUUACAGUGACAGCUAUGGCAGAGUCUAUGCAACAGCAGACCCCUACCACCACACGAUUGGCCCUGCUGCCACAUACAGUGUGGGGACCAUGGCUAGCCUAUACAGAGGAGGGUACAGUCGCUUCACUCCCUACUAAAAGAAAGAAAAAAAGCGAGAAAAGACAGAGAGACAUUACCCCAAACAAAAAAACAAACUAUCUUUAGAAGGAAAAAAAAAGUCAAACACGUAACAAGCGAACAGCCGGUCCUUGGUGGAGAGCUAAAUCAAACAAAAAGCUUCCAGGUCCACAUGCUGAGCCCCUCCCCUGACACCCUCUACAACAACCUCUUUGAUGUCAUCAUUGGUCUGCUCUUGUUUUGUAUUCAUUUUGUGCUUCUGGUUUUCUUUUGGAAACUCUUAUGCACAUGUGCAUUACCUUGAUUGCUGUAUAUGGGUGCUGUGUCACCAUAACCAAUGUGAGCCUACUGCAGCACGCAUGGUGCAUGCUCAGAGGUGUGUGUAUGCAGCCGCUGUCAUCUGACUGAGAAUACACCGGGUUGUUUCUGUCUCACACACAACAAGCAGAAAUCAGGUCAACCCUCGCGAUUCAAUCCAUUUCUUAACAGAAAUGAAGCUAACUGAACCGAACCUGGUGAUUCUUAGCUCAAAGACAGCGCUGCUCUGACUGCUUUGAUUUUUUUUUUAUUCCUUUUUUAACCUUAGAGUGUCCUACUGUUGUGCACUUGCAGUGGAGCCUUACAAGCUGUACAAUGUGGUAUGACAGCAUGCAGAGUUAAGGGUCAUGAAGGUCAGAUUUCUGUUUUGGGACUCGCAGCGCUCACAUGGUGGCCCUGUCUGCUGCAAAUCGCCGUACAUGCAGCUAUUUUGCAGCAGCGCGUUUUAGGGGAGUAACGCUGGCGGGUUGUGUUCAGGGACAGCAUGGAAAACAGAGGAGGAGCAUCAGCGUUGCCCGGCGGCAGUGUGGAUUCCCGUCUCGGCUAAUGCUCAGUGGAUUAGAUACUUCAUGGAUUAGAAACUCCACGAUUGGUGUUGAAACCAAACCAAAUGAAACGUGUACUUUGUGUUGUUUCUUUCCUUUUGUUUGGUAAACGUCUCCUAAACGCUCGUACCAGAAGGGAUGGAGUUCUGCUGAACAUGUCGCUAAACUUAACGCAGCAAAGCAUGCAGGAGCAGAAUCUCUGUUUUAUUAAAUAAAACCCAUGAAAAAUCAGUAGAGACUGUAGCCUGUAAAUAAGAUUUAUUACACGACUGUUGUAAUGGAUUACUGUAGAGAAAUUAGAUUAGCGGAUCGACACAAGUUGCUUUAAGAACUUUGCUUGCUGCUGUUAUUGCAUAUUGAGCUUCUCUGGUUUUUUGAUUUUCAUUAGAGCGAAACCGGCACUUUGAAGACGUCACCUUUGACUCUGGAGAAUCAAGAUAAGAAUCCUCCGCUGUUUCUCCUCCCUUCAGCAGCUGAAUGAGCCAACUGGUUGGUGGCGUUAGCGUUGCAGUUAGCAGGCAGUUCCUCCCCUUAAACCGCCGUCUGAGAGCGAAUUGGCUGCAUGGGGGCUGAGUUUGCAGCAGACUCGGCCACAUAUCCUCACUAUUAACAUCAAGUCGCACACGCACAGUAAAGACAUGGCGCAGAGGAGGGGCGUCCCCUCCGCCAGUCACUGGGAUCUUUUCUUUAAGCAUUGCACAAAAUGUUUUACCUCAGGAUAAGCUAACUAAAGUUCACAAACUAAGAUCCAGAGCUGCUCACUCCUUAGCAUUCAGGACAAUUGUUUUCUUCCGCAACCAGCACGCUCCACCUCUACGGAGCCGAGAUGUUCUUAUUAUUUUCUGUUAGAGACCCCAGGAGAGAACGAUAAAAUAAGACUGUACUGUUCUGAGCUACGGCUUCUGUAUUAUAUAGAUAGACAUAUACUGUAUAAGACAUUUUACACAGGAAGAUAUAACCCAAAAGCACCCAGGCGUUAGGAGACGUAGAGCUAGUCCACAUCCAGUCAUUGACUUCUACUUGUGCUACGUGAUUUAAAGGAAAUCUCUGUGUAGCUACUGUUAGCUGGUUUCAGUGCAGCUAUGGGAAAAAUCAAAGCUAUUGCCAAUAAUAUUUACUUUACAUGUACUCACACAAGUAUUUGUGGUCUCAAAAAAAUGUCUGUUGCACUUGUUUUUUUUUUAUUUCUUUCUGAGAUGUAACAUAUUUAUGAAAUCUCUCAUAUACAGCUAGUCAUGUUUAGUCAAAAUGUUAAAAUGACAGAGUAAUGUUGUAUAUCAGAAAAAAAAGAAAAGUAGCUCAUUAUCUCAUGAGUCAAAGAAGAUCUUUAUGUGGAUAUAAAAGAAAAAAAACAUUGUUCUUCCUUUUCUAUGCUAGUGUGAAUGCCCCCCGCCAUUCAGGGGUUUUAUAAGGAGCAAAACAAACUUUGAGAAUUAUUUUUAGCAAACAGGAGAGUUUCAUAAGUGGGUGUUCAGUUAGUGGCCACCAUUAGCAAGCUAGCCUGGAAUGAAACCAACCUUUUUUCUGUUUUUCUGAUCUGAAUGUGUGUGCCUAUGAUGUGCUAUAUAGAUAUAAAAUAUAUAUGAAUAUGCAUCAGAAUGUUUGACUGUGAUGGAGGAAGGAAACAAACAGGAAGAGAGCGUGACCCCAGUCCCUGGAAUAACAUCACCACAUGAAAAUUAUUUUACAUUUUCAUCAACUGGAGAGUUCAAAUGUCAACAUUUCUCCGUUCAUUUGCCUCAUUUAGCAACAGUUUAUAAAGUUAUUACAACUCUUACAGAAGGAUGAUAAACACUUUCUUUACCAUCUCCUUCAUAAAUAAGAAAAACGUAACAUUAAUAUUUAGCCCUUAGAUAAAAAGCUUCUGUUGAUCAAUAACCGUUUACAAAAUCAUUUUCUAACCUUUGUUUGAAAAUAUGAAAAGUUGCAAAAUCUUUGUAGUGAUUUUCUUAUCUGUCAUUAGCUUUUUUAAAUAGCAUUUUCUCACAUAAAAAACGAUUUGUAAAGCAGUAAGUUAUUGUAUUUCUAGACGUAGAGAAAUGUUUUCUGUAAAUAUAUAUUUGUAGAGUAUUUGGAUCUUCUCAUAUGAAAAGCUUUCUGGUUUCACAAACAUUUCUGAUUACCGUUAAAUCAGUCCAAAUCAGAUUAAAUUCAUCUUGUUUUUCUCUGCUCGGUCCAAACCUUUUGACACCAGGGCUCAAAAAUAAAUAAGCAUGCAAUAUGUUAAUUAAAUUCAUAAAGUAGUCAGAUUUGUUGUUAGAAAGGUAUGUGUAAAAUAUUAAAUAUCCAAAACCUAUAAUUAGUUUUGCAAAUUUAACAAAAUUUCUAGGUAUCAAUUGCAAAAAAUAGGUAAAAAUUUAGUAAUUUCUGGACAAUAAAGUCAGUUUUCAAGUUUAAUAAAUUAAAUAAAAGCAGAUUUGGGUGCAGCUUUUGCGUAAAAAUGAUGUGGAACUUGCAAGAGAAAGCAAAAAGCCUGGUUAUUUAAAGACAAAUAACUGCUGAUGUUGCCAAUAUUUUAAUUUGCAAGGAGAUUUUGCUUGUGAUCAUUUUGCCCCAAUUAAAAAUAGAAAGUCAGCCCUGCUUUAAGAUAAAAGCACCAACAGAAUUAGACAGAAUAAACUUUAUAAAGCUCCAUUUCUGUGUGGAAGUGGAAGAUCUGAUGAAUCUGGACCAAAUUGUCACUAGUUGAUAAUUCCUCAUAUUUUGGCAACCAGGAAGUCUGGACAUGAAGGGUCAACAGUGUAAGAGGAAAAAUGGCUGAGCUCAUUCAUCAGUCUAAUUACCAGAGGAGCUGCCAGGUGGAUGUAAAGACAAAGAAAGGGAGUGUAAAGAGAGACUGAAUCCAUUUUAAACCUAAUUUACCAUCAAAGCAAACUCUAACCUCCAACACGAAGGAGGAAUUUAUCACAGGAGCGGCUGUGCAUCGUCCAAGUUGUCCAUCAAGCAUCCAUGAGCGAAUUUUAACUACAAGUACAAAUUCAGUAUUAAUUUGCAGUCAAAUAUUAAAAUCAGAAUGAUGACUAAGGCUGAGUUUAAAUGACUCAGCUUUUCAUUCUGGCUCCGCAUUCAGAGUAAAUUUUCAUGGAAACUGUUGGAUUUGUUGCUCUGGUAAUUUUAAAAGGAGCUUAAUUAGUUUGGAGAUGUUUUAUUCUGUAAAUAGAUUACGGCUUUAAUAAUAGUUUCUCCCAAUGAUUUGUGAUUCAUACUGCUGAAAUGGACUUUUUAAUCCAUUACGGUCAUCAGAGUGUGGUGAUACACUAAUUCGCUUUUGGUAAUUACACUGAAUGUUAAAGCAUUAGCAUAUGCGAUGCAAUUAAGAGGAAAUGGAGAUGUGUUUGUGAAUGAAAGUUAUCCCGACAAACAUCUCGCUGCGAGGGAAACGUUUUCCUUUUUUUCCUGGUGUGAUGUUAUUUCCGGGACGACUGGGUCGUUGUCCGGAGCCGCUCCUAACAGUCUGCACGGGUUUGUCAACAGUUUACAGAAAAAGUUCAAAUUAGCUGUUUCAGUGUCAGCUUAUCAAGGCUUAAAUGUUAUAGAUAUAAUAUUAAUUAGCAUUCUAUAGUGUAAAGAUCUAAUGCAUUUUAUCAUGCUUACAGUAAGUCAAAUGUGAAUUUAUAGUACAAAGACUCUAACUUUUAGGUUUGUUUGCUUUUGUUGUACUUCAUAACCAGCUUAAUAUGCAACCAGUCCUCUAUUUGAUCCACCUGUUUACACUUAUUAAUAGUAGUACUGAGCUAUGUUUACAUAUGAGAAGAAAAUACUCUUUAUGCAUCGUUUAUAUUUACAAGUAUUCACUAAGCCCUGAUAAGCUGGCAGGUGAGUUUAUUAAUCCACCUAAAAAUAUUUGUACAAAAGAAAACCAAGCAAAAAAGUUGCAGCACCUGUAAAUACAUUUAAAUGUAUAUACACACAAACUAUCAUGAUUCUCUGAGUAACUGUUUUAUAUGUAUUCCUAUAUGAAGUGGGGUUAUAUGUGUAUUUUCAACUUAGCUCAACUUGUUCUUGAACUCUAUGUAAUUUCUAUAAUGAGAAUAUAUUGUCUGAAAGGUGUAAAGUAAUUUUCUUUGAGAUUAAUUUCAUAGGUAAAAGGUUUACUAUAAUGAAACUUUGAGUUAUUCUUGAGAUCUUUCUGUUGUCAGUAUGUGACUUAUAAGUAACCACUGAUUGUUUUCUGAGUGUCAGAAUAAAGCAGUUAUAAGAACAUUA